GUUGAUGGAGAAAAUUACCAUAUCCUUCGAACAGGAUGUUGGCCAUAUAUGAAGUAUCACUGCACCAAGCGACCAUAUGAGGACCUUUCUGUAGAUGACAAAUUUUUCCGUGUUUUGAAAAUUGCAAACCUAGGUAUACCCUGCCUAGCCUAUGGUUGUGGUGCAUCAUUUCUUAUAAGUUGUCAAGAGGAGAUUUACACGCCUGAAGGAACUGUUACAAUUUACUUCUUAUAUGAAGAAGAUCGAGGCUCCAUGUAUUAACGGGACUUAAGAUUGUUGUUAUAUCCCCUUUGAUUUUAUGUAUAGAUCCAUAAAUCUUUAACAAUGUUAAAAGUUGUUAGGUAUGCACCAGAAGCAUGGAAUAUGCUUCAGGGUGUGUUUUGUGUAUACAAACCAGCAGAUAUGACCAUGAAUCACCUGAGAAAAGUGGUGAUUGGUAACCUAACCCGUGAUCUCAAUUUAUUAAAGACUCGUCCGGCCACUCCUAUAGUUGCCAUUGAAGGCAGUGUUACAGAGAAGCUGGUUGUGAAAUUGAAGGAGAAUUAUGCUGAUCACCCAUUAGUUCUUGGUCCAAGAUACCAACCAAAGGAUGUCAAACUAACAUGGGCCCAUCAGUUAGAUAAAAAUAUCUCAGGAGUUUGCAUUUUGGGUGUGAAUAGAGGCACAAAAGGUACACGCAAAGUAAGGGAGUCACAGUUAAUUCGUUCUUACACGGUUUCGGGCCAGUUUGGACGAACAACUGACACGCUUUUUAUUGAUGGCAAGAUUAUAGGGAAGUCAACAUACAAGCAUAUAACAAGAGGACGCCUGAUGCGAACAUUAAUGACCAUACAGGCCGGUCAUCAGAGGAGUUCACUUAAUUUUUUGGGUCUUGACCCACAGUCUCAGGAAGCAUAUGAAGCUCUCUCAGCUGAGGGCCUUGUAAGACCUGGCGAGAAAUCUCCACCAUUAAUCUAUGCUCUCAAAAUUGUUGACUUCAAUUUACCAGAUUUCACACUAGAGGUUUCAUGCAUUAAUGAAAAUGCUGUCUACCUUCAACACCUGGUGCACGAUCUAGCAUUACGGCUCAAGACCACUGCUGUGUGCACACAAAUGCGCUGCAUUCGCUAUGGACCUUGGACUCUGCAGCAUAGUUUGCUUCAUAAGCAUUGGUGUCUAGAACAUAUUAUAGAUAAUAUAACCCAUAGCAAACCACUCUUUAAAGAUAUAAUACCCAAAUCAGCUAGUUUGGUUAUGUUAAAAGAUGAACAAAGAAGGAAUUAGAAUUGUAAAUACAUCAGGUGAGACUGAUAAGUGUAAAUAUACUGUAUAAUAAAUUUCAGUAAACAUGAAUAUCCCCUUUUGA